AUGGAUGGUGUAUACGAUGCCACGCCUAGUUUCUACAAUUUCUCGACGUUGGUGGUUGCAGAAAGCACGAAUUGGACAGCGAGACUGACGACUUGCGAGUUGAGUUGGUGUGCAUGGAUGUUCGAGAAUGCCACUUCCAAAGGAACGGACCUCAAUCUCGGUACAGCUCAGCAAUUUCCUCUGCAACUUACAGAGACGUGGGAUAAAACCAACCAAACACUGAAUCUUGACGAUACACAGAUUGUAUGUACAGCAGGUGGAGAUUAUCCUGUUGCGUUGAACAACACCUUCACCAUCAGCCAAGGCAAAGAAUACUUUCUCAAGUACGCUGUGAGAUUGAUACUCAAAGCAGGAUACCAAGGAGCUGAUUUUUAUACUCAACUCACAUUGGCGACUUCAUCCUUGGAUUACACAGAUACGGCUGCUAUGUCGACUAAUCUGGCAGCCUUCGUGACCAAUGCUCUGCGAACUCAAGAUGGAAUGCAAGCUGCGGGUACGGCAUGGCAGUCAGUUACCUUUAUCCAUGUUCGUUGGGUGUGGUUAAUCUUGCCGGCUGCACUCGUCUUAGCAGCUGGAGUAUUGUUGUUUCUGACAAUCGUCCAGAGUAGACGAAAUGACACAGUACUCUGGAAGACCUCGCUAUUGGCAUUUCUCUUCUGCUCAACACACGCAUGGAAGACCAACACCAGCACCCGUGAAGACAAGAUCCGAUCAUUGAGAGCGAUGGAACUGGCAUCCAAGAACAUCGAAGCAAAGCUAGAAAGAGAUGAUCAAGGGCGAUAUCAACUUGUCCAACUUUGA